GGAGCCGCCGGCACGGAAGGGACGUCAAGGGGAGGAGGCGCCACGGAAAGCCGGGAGCUCCCGGCGUGUGGCUCUGUCUUGUUUGCCUCCUGCGAGAAGCGGGGGAAAGAACGGAGGGUGGCUCUAAGACGCGGCCGCUCAGCAGCCCUGCUAAAGAGACGCUUCGCUCUUCUUUGACACCUUCGGGGCUCGGCCGCGCCUGGCGUGGAGGCGGAUCGGGCUGUUUCCUUUUGCGGAGUAGCGGCCGGGAUGGUCGGGAAGCGUAAAGGGGUCCCGCAGGUGCAGCGGUCCUGCAAGAAAGUCAAGGCAGAGGCUCCAGCCGCCGCUGCCGCCUCUUCCUCCUCUUCCGCGGGUCUGAAAACCUGUGAGCAGCGAAACGACAAUUUUGAAGAUGAAAAGCCUGAAAAGAAAACUAGGCCCAAAUUGUCAUCUGGAAAAAAGAAAGAAAAAGAACAUGUCCCUCAGACACUUUGUAAAAAUUCCAAUGAAAAAAGACCAAAAUCCAAAGUCAAAGAAGAAAUGAAUAGAAGUAUAGAAAGCCAAGAGUUCCUUCCAAAAGCAGGGAAAUGCAGUAGCCGUUUGCAGAGAACUCCUUUAAAGAAAAAAACUGAUGCAAAAAAAGAAUUAAUUUUUACAAAGAAAGAAGAAGAUGAGGAUGAGGAAAGUGAGGAAGAAUGGGAAGAUGUGGAAGAACUUUGUGAACCUGAGAUCGAGAUGCUGAAAGAAGUUAAGGCACCAAAGCAGCCCAACCCAACUGUUGAGAUAGAAAUUGAAACACCUGAACAAGCAAAGAAAAGAGAGAAAAGAGAGAAACGGCAAGCUGAGUUUGAGAUAUAUCUCCGUCGAAUGCUGAAACGUUUCAGCAAAGAAGUCCGUGAAGAUACUCAUAAGGUUCACUUACUGUGCCUGUUGGCCAACGGUUUCCACAGGAACAGGAUCUGCCUUCAGCCAGAUCUUCAAGCGGUUGGCCUUUCUAUCAUUCCAAUUCGCUUCACCAAGGACCCUGUAGAUCGCAUCAACCGUCUGUUUCUGUCAAAUCUUGUGAACUGGUUUUCUGCAACUUUUACUAUUAACAAUCAGCUCUCUGACAGUGAAGAUUGGCAGGUUACUCUAGAGAGGCGUUUUGCUGUCUAUGCUGCACGAGAUGAGGCGGAACUGGUGCAGAUAUUUUUACUUAUUCUUCGAGCACUGCAUCUAAUGUGCCGACUUGUAUUAUCUUUACAACCCAUUCCUCUCAAAGAGCCACCGAGGAAGGGAAAAUCCUCCAAGAAAAGCUCUGUUUUGGUAGCUUCUGGGACAUUGCCUGAUUCUGCCAAAAGCACAAGACAAUGCACAAGAGCAGAUACUGCUAAGAAGCCAAGCCUCUCCAGGGCCAAAAGACUAAGGAAAAAAUCUCCAACACAGGAAGAUAUUUGGAAAGAUAUAAAAUCUGAGAACGAUGAGAAGAUCUUAAGGGCAGAACAAGCGCUGGGCAGGCCUAAAAAUGACCGACGACGGCAAGUGGCAUCAAAAGUGUCCUAUAAAGAAGAGAGUGGAGACAGUGAGGAUAAUGAUUCUGAAUUCUGUCCUACAGAGGAAAAUGAUGAUACUAGCAUAUCUGAUGAGGAUUUUGAAAUUCCCAGAAAAAAACUGAAGUCACCACUAGGAACCCCUAAAACAACGCUAGGAACCCUGAAAACAAAAGCAAUGGUUAACAGGAAACGAUCCGUGCCUUCUGUGUCAAAAAGACACAAGGACUCCGAGAUAAUGGGUAGUUCGGUAGACAAAACAGUCAGCCCAUGUUCUUCAAACUCAUCCAAGAAGAAAAACAAAAUAAUUUCUAGUGAUGAAGAAGAAGAGCAGAGGGCAGUUGUAUCAAGAGGUACGGACCAUUGGGUAGAGGUUUUUCUUGAACGAGAAGAUCGAUGGGUAUGCGUGGACUGUAUUCAUGGCAACGUUGGACACCCUCUGGAAUGUUUCAAGUAUGCCUCAAAGCCAGUGUGCUACAUCAUUGGCAUUGAUAACAGUGGAUUUGUAAAGGAUGUAACGCAGAGAUACGACCCAGGAUGGAUGACUGCAACAAGGAAGUGUCGUGUGGAUGCCCAGUGGUGGGAAGAGACCUUGGAGCCAUACAAAAGUUCCUUUGUGGAACGAGAUGCAAAAGAAGAAAGAGAGUUUCUAGCUAAACUUCAAGAUCAGCCUUUGCCAAAAUCCAUCAGUGAAUACAAGAAUCAUCCGCUUUAUGCCUUGAAGAGGCAUCUUCUUAAGUAUGAGGCCAUAUAUCCUGAGACAGCUUCAAUUCUAGGAUAUUGCCGAGGAGAGGCUGUCUAUUCCAGAGACUGUAUCCAUACCUUGCACUCCAAGGACACCUGGUUGAAACAAGCUCGAGUGGUGAGGAUUGGGGAAGUGCCUUAUAAGAUGGUGAAAGGUUAUUCUAACCAAGCAAGAAAAGCACGAAUGGCAGAACCUGCAAAUCGGGACAAAAUGGACUUGCCAUUGUUUGGUCUCUGGCAGACCGAGAAAUACCAGCCACCUCUGGCUGUUGAUGGAAGGGUUCCUCGGAAUGAAUUUGGGAAUGUCUACCUCUUCCAACCCUGCAUGUUACCAAUAGGCUGUGUGCAGCUAAACCUUCCUAGUCUUCACAGAGUGGCCCGUAAACUGGAUAUUGACUGUGUUCCAGCUGUUACAGGAUUUGAUUUUCAUGGUGGCUACUCUCAUCCUGUCACAGAAGGCUAUAUAAUCUGUGAAGAGUACAAAGAAGUGCUUGUUGCAGCCUGGGAGAAUGAAGAAUCAGAAAGGGAAAAGAAGGAAAAGGAGAAGCGGGAGAAGAGAGUGCUGGGAAAUUGGAAACUGAUGGUGAAAGGACUUCUGAUCAAAGAGAGAUUAAAGAAGCGCUACUCUACCAAGAAUGAGACAAGAGUCAUGAUGGAAGGGGAGUCUGGUUUCUCAUCUGAUGAUGAAGAAGGACCAAACUCAGAAACACCUGCUGAAGAUGUGGCUGUUUCUUGGCCCCAAAAUCGACAAGCUGAGGAACAGGGUGGGAAAGGACAAACAACCAAAAGGAGCAAGAGAGAAAAGAAAGGAGAAGCAAAACAUUUGUUUCCGUUUGAGAAAUUGUGACAAGGAGUUUUGGGGCUGGCUUGGAUCCUGACUUAGCAUAAACAAGGAAGCAUUUUUGUGUUCCUCGAGUGUACAUUCACGUUGAACCUUUCCUGCCAGUAGGAACAGCUAAAACAACUCAGGAAACUUCCAAACAGUUUUUCUAAUAUUGCAUUCCUAGAUGUAUGCAGGCCUUGAAACAGGAAAAUUGGUCUGGACUCAUUGCUGGAUGCCUACUAUACCUUUAUAUUGACCAAUGGCACCUACUUUUCCUAGAUACUUGAUAGACACAUUUUCUUUAAGGUGCUGCUGAUAGGUAAAGCAAGAACACCGAUGUUGGAGCAAAGUAACUUUCAAUGACAGAUCUUAAUACCUGUGAAUGUAUUCCUUUUCUUGGAAAUUUUGCAUUAUUUUAUUGCAAAGUAGUUAACAAGCUAGACACAUGAGCUUUCGGGAAGAGUUAUGAAAGGAGCAUGUACACAUACAUGUACUCACAUACAUGUAUGUGUACUCACAGCAUUCAUGUUGUGUUAGUAAAGCUGGGCUUAAGUUGUAUUAUAUAUGUAAAAAAACUUCGGGUGGGAAUAAGUGAGGGGAUUGAUAGGAAUUGUCUGUAACUUUAAUAGCUUCUAUUCAACUUUCAGAGGAAGCCAAUGUGAGCAGUAGGCUAGUAUAAUUCAUGGGUGUAGGACAUUUGAGCAGAAGAUACCUAGUUUUUAGCUGAAUUUAUUCCUUUCCCCUUUUCUAUAUCGUCACAGAAAA